AUGCCGGAUUCGCUCGACAUUCAGCUGCAGAACCAGACCAACUCAGACCAGGUCUGGGCAUACAUCACAGGGAUCGCCAUCAGCAAUGGCCAGCGAGUACUGCUCAAGUCCAACGGAAGGGACUUAUACUACCCUCAGCAGGUGUCCCAGAUCGGCUCCCCCCUCGCUGAGGACUGUGCCAUCCCUCUGGGGCCCCCGGGCAAUACCGUCUCAGUGCACAUUCCCCAGAUCGCCGGUGGCAGGAUCUGGUUCUCCUGCGACGGCAAGUUGCAGUUUCUCCUGAAUCCUGGGCCCGCCCUCGUCGAGCCGAGCGUGCUGAAUCCGAGCGACCCCAAUGCGGAUGUCAACUUCUGCUUUGCCGAGUUUACCCUAAACAGCGACCAGCUGUACGCCAACAUCAGCUACGUGGACUUUGUAUCACGGCUGCCGACCGCCAUGACCCUCGAGACGGCCGGAGGAGCGGUCCAGCACGUGUCGGGCAUGGCGCACGACGGCAUCGACCGCAUCUGUGACGGAUUGAGGGCUCAGGCCGCCAGGGACGGGCUGCCGUGGGACAAGUUGAUUGUCCAGCGCCCGGGCCAGCCGGUGCUGCGGGUGCUCAACCCGACCCACGGGGACGCGGUCGGGGCUGGCUUUGCGGGCUACUUUGAGCCGUACAUCGACGAGGUGUGGGACUGGUACUCGGCCGCGCGGGGCAGCCACCAGAUGCGCAUCAACACGCAGGCUGCGGCCGGGACCGUGACUGGCACCAUUAACGAGAAAGGGGACCUCGUCUUUGGCGAGGAGGCGUUCCAAAAACCAACCACGGCAGACGUCCUAGGCUGCAACAGCGGGCCCUUCACGACAGGGCCCUCGGCAUACAGAAACAGUGUCAUCCCCAGGCUAGCGGCAGCAUUUCAGAGGUCUGCGUUGGUGGGCACAGACGAACACCCGUCGGACCCUUCGACAUUUUACCAGCGAGAUCCCACGAACCACUACUGCCGUAUCGUACACGAGGCCAACCUGGACGGCAAAGGUAGGUAUGGAUUCGCCUAUGAUGAUGUCGCAGCAGAUGGGGGUCCCGAUCAGUCAGGCAAGGUGAACGCGGGGGAUCCCAAGACGUUCAUCGUGGCGGUGGGUGGGAACAAUGCCUACGCAGGCGACCACAUGCCAAGCCAACAUAUUCCUACUGCAUUUACUUCUUCUUCUUCCGCCGCCGCCGCUGCUGCUGGCCGUUCCCACCAUGGCCAGCCACCACCUGCUGCUUCAGGCGCGUCAGACCCGCCACGCCGUCAUGGCCCAUCAAUGUCGCGUUUCCGGAAAAUCUCAGCAAAGGCACAGAAAUGGUUCCAUUAA